GUAAAAUGGACGUCUUGCCGGAGGACACCGAGAUUGGAGAAGCGGCGACUGUCUUGCGAGAUCAAUAUAUGCCAGCAAUUCUAAAACACAGAGAAAAGCUUGAUCUUCUGAAAGCAUGCAAUGAAGAGCGUGCAGCUCAAGACGAGUGGGACACACUCGAAAAAGAGACAGGUGUCAAUACCAUACACUACUGUUCCCGGAUUAUUACCUACAGCGAAGCACUUUGCCAUUUUAAGGAGAAAGAUUUGAGUUCUUACAUGUCCAACAUAUCUGUUUCUCAUCGGCGUGGAAUCAAACUGCUUUUGCACUGGUUACUCGGCCCACCACGGCUUAAGCUACCUUUAGUUCCAGAAAGAGACUUCGUACUUGCUCUGGCGCAGUGUCCUUUUGACAAUGAUGACAUGGUACAUCUCGAAGCUUUGCAAACAAUCUACCGAAAACUCACGAAUGCCAUGUACGAUUGCCCUAGGUAUGGCAACCACUGGGAAAAUAUAGGAUUUCAAGGAACAGAUCCAGCCACUGAUUUGAGAGGUGUUGGAUUGUUGGGACUCUUGCAACUGCUCUUUCUGACGAUUGGUCUGGAAAACGUUGAACUUGUAAACGACAUUUAUAAAUUGUCUCGUGACAGUUUUCAGAAUUUUCCAUUUGCUGUGAUGAGUCUCAACAUUACGAAGAUCUCCCUUGAAGCCUUGAGAGAGGAAACACUGAACAAGUGCUGCAAUGGCAGAGAGAGCGUCAUAGAUGUUGUAAAUGAGUUUUAUGCUGGUACAUUUUUGCUUCUGUACUUAUCUUGGAAAAACCAGAUAAUGACAAUAAAAGAUUCCGGCUUCGUCAUUAAGGACAUUUCGCUGCUGGCGAAGAGGAGACCUCACUAUGUUCUACAUAUCUUGAGGGACUACCAGCAAGAACGCCGUUCCUCGUCGACCUCUGAAGCCUUUACAAAUUUAACAACUGUAUAAAAUUAUUAGGUUGAUGAA